AGCCGCGGCGGUCUGGCCGGUAGCUGCUCCACAGCUCAGGAGAACAAAGGGUUACCAGGAUAUGAGCUUUAACAAACACUGAGGCCGGCAACUCGCUGACACUUCCCUCUCUCUCUGUCGGAGAGCUCGAGUUUAGACGUGGAGAAAGUUAGACGGAGGAAAGUAGGAUGGAGAGAACUGACAGGUUGGGAGCAGAGGGGAAGAAAGAGGAGGAGGAAACUGGGACUAGUUUAUUUCACCAUGUCGUGGAGCAGAGGAAGGAUCUGCCUGAUGAAGAUGUGAAGAUCGUGCUACAGCGACUCAUCCUGAUUGGCCGGCUCCCCCACGAUGUCGCUGACAGGACAGAACUGGGAGACCAUUAUGACAGACUCCACUUCCAGUUAAGCAAACAGCACAUAUGGGAUCAGAUGACGGGCCUGCUGCUCGUUUAUCCGACCUGCGUGCUGCACGUCAUCGAGUCGUCCAGGGACGUUCUGCUUUCUGUUCUCAAAGAUCUCAGGGACAUGCAGCUGCAGACAGACGGGUGCCUGAUUGAAGCUGCAAAGGUUGUGUCCAUGGCUCAUGUCCAUCACAGCAGGAUGUUCCAUCAGUGGAGCUACAAGGUGCUGGAUGCAGCUGAUGUGGACCCAGUGAAUGAGGGGUUCGAGGAGGAUGAGGACAGCACAGUGACGCUGGUUUGCAGUCUCCUGUCAGCUCUGCACAAACUGGCCGAGCACCUCGAAAAGCCCAAGAAGACUGUCCCUGGAUCGGUGCCGGACGACGCUCCACAGCUGCUGGUCUCUCAGGAGCUUCCAGGGAAGUUGUUGUCUCGAGACGAGCUCCUGAGUCCACAGCUGCACCUGCAGACGUACGACUCCCCCUUGAACAUCAGCUUGGGCUCUGGACAAGUUAACCGAAGCAGCAGCCUCAACACAGUUUAACCUUUUGGACAAAAGGUCAAAGGUAACAGCUCAUCUCACAUGUUUCAUCGACACUGGACUUAUAAACCCUCGUCAGUUAAAAAACUAAAAAUACAUAUGCAGAUUAAUUUCCACAGGUUCUGAGAUUAUCUACUUCCCCUCUGAAGUAGUUCCACUGUCUGUGAGUGGUGUGGAUGCUUCAGAGCAACAGUGAUAACGAUCCUUGCUGCUGAGUUUUCAGCCACACGAGCUGAUUCCGACUGAAAUAUCUCAAGUAGAAGAAGAGCCAGACGUUCAUGGUCCCCAGAGCAGAGGCACAUCUAGGAUCCUUCUAAACCUGGGGGCCUGAAGGGGGACACAUGUUAAAAUGUUUG